CCAAUCAACCUAUUUUUAUUAACAUAAAUAAAUAAUCUCCUUCUGUGUUUUUUUACUUGAUGUGAUGAAUUGGUGAUCCUCCUUUCUUCAUAGCAGGUGCUUGAGGGUGAAAAAAGAAGUUUGUUUUAGAAGUUUGCAAUACAGAAAAAAAAUGAGUUGUGAAGGCAACAAGUUGAACGGCGAAACGAGUUUCCAGCCGUCGGAGCCAUCUCCGUGCUCAAACGGCUGUGGAUUCUUCGGCACGGCGGCAACGAUGGGACUUUGUUCCAAGUGUUACAGAGAUUUCAAGAUAAAAGAAGAUCAUGCGGCGAUGUUGAAAGUAGCGAUGGCCGAUGUAUCGAAGGACAAACUUAUUAUAACUAGACCGCAAGUUGCGUCGGCGUCAGCGUCAGCGGAGCCGGUUGUUGAGGCGGCGGUGGAGGAGCCGGCGGUGGCGAAUAGGUGUUUCACAUGUAGAAAGAAGGUAGGAGUAGUGGGAUUUAAGUGCAGAUGUGGUUGUACCUUUUGUGGGGCCCAUAGAUACCCAGAGCAACAUGGUUGUACCUUUGAUUUUAAAGCAAAGGGGAAAGAAGAUAUAGCUAAGGCUAAUCCUGUAAUUAAGGCUGAUAAAAUUGAUAGGUUUUGAACUGUUACAAGCUUUGUUUUCCCUUUUUUUUGUUGGGGUUUUUUAGAAGUUUGUGGAGAACAGGCUGGAUGGGAGAUUAGGUGGUUUUGGUUUUUAUCAUUUAUUAUGAAUGUAAUAUAUUUUUGCUUUAGUAGUUAUAUGCUUUUGAUUCCAAUUGCUCAA